CGCCGCUCUGCUGUGGACGAAGGAGACCCUCCUCAGGUGACUAAGUGCAUGCCAUCAUGCGUUUUGCACUCGCAUUCAUGCGAGCCUGUCUCGUCACGUCUCGUCUCUCAAAAUAAGGACGGACAAAGGUGGUGGUGUAUGAACUGCGCCCACGCGGAAGUUGCAGGAGUUUAGCAAAACUUGUAUUGGUGGCUUGGGCUUGGUCUCGUUAUACCCACCUCUCCGAACUUGGAUGCUCAUCAUGUAGGUGGACGAAUUUUUCAUUGCAACCCCGUGGAGAAGCCCCUGAUCCCCGGUUGCGAGUGCUCGGGUUUCAGUUCGAUGUCUCCCGACAGCCCAGACCUCUUGUCUCGUGAUUGGCGUUGAGUUUGCUGGCUUCUCAUUCCAGCGAAAAAUGGCGACCUCGGAUGGUGAAUUGUCUGCCGAGCUCCUGCCCAGAAAGGAAUUGGCCAACAGGACUGCCACUUAUGAAAGGAGCCUGGCGACGACUGCGCUGAGGUGGGCAAUCUGGCUCUCCAUGUGCGUGGCGCUCGGCAUUUAUCUGGCGUUUUACGUCGCAUGGCCUGUGAAUUCGUUGGAAAGGAUCAGGACGGUGCUGUUGUUUGCGACGGUGGAGAAGAUUGGGCUUAAUGGAACAAUUUUGAUAUUUUUUGGUGCGCCGUUCCUUCUCCUUACGGUGUUUUCGAUAGCAAGCCUGGAGGUCUCGUCGCACAGUCCAGUCUCCAAGAAGAAGGCGAGAGGACGAGCUCCUCUAAAAGCGCAACCAGUGAUCACGGAAGGUUUAAUGGGCAUGGUCUCUGCUGCAGAGCUGCUGUGGAUAGUUUUCUUUCUGGCCAUGUGUCUGUGGAUCAUGGCAAAUUACUUGGUUCCGGACUUCAAAAGGGCAGAGACUGAAAAGUUGAAGCCUUAUGAAUCAGUGUGGGGAAAUAAAAUAAAGUUCAUUGGUCUGCGUCUGGGUUUCAUUGGCAUUGUGUGCUUGAAUUUGCUCUUUCUGCCAGUGGCACGUGGAUCUGUUAUGCUCCGAGCUAUAGACAUCCCAUUUGAACAUGCAACCAAGUACCAUGUGUGGUUGGGUCACUUCAUGAUGGCCGUGUUCACUCUACAUGGUGUGUUCUACGCGGUUGGUUGGUACCUCGAAGGCCAUCUCAUUGCAAAGCUUUUGGAAUGGGAUCCUCAUGCGCUCGCAAAUCUUCCAGGAGUGAUAUCGUUAAUGGCUGGCAUUGCAAUGUGGGUAACAUCGUUUGGGUGGGUACGAAAUAAGUAUUUUGAGCUCUUCUUCUACACCCAUCAGCUGUACAUUAUCUUUGUGCUAUUCAUGGCCUUCCAUGUCAGCGACUUCAUCUCCAACUUUGCUUUCAGCGGGCUUUUCCUCUUUACCUUCGAUCGAUUCCUGCGCUUUUGCCAGUCGCAAAGAAGCACGGGGAUUAUUUCCACAAAGUUGUUGCCGUGUGGAACUUAUGAAUUGGUCAUUGCGAAACCAUCAGGCAUGAAGUACUACGCACUGAGUUUCAUAUUUCUCAAUGUCCGUCAAAUCUCUGUACUCCAAUGGCACCCCUUCAGCGUUUCUUCGAGUCCAUACGACGGAGAUGAUAGGCUAAAAGUGCUGAUCAAGCCCUACGGAGAGUGGACACGUCAGCUGCAGGAUGAGGUCAUCGCUGCUGUGAAAUCAGGACACUGCCCAUUCGACAUCAAAGCUGCUGUUGAAGGCCCUUAUGGCCACGAAUCGGACUACUUUCUUCACUACGAUGCGCUAAUUCUUGUGGCGGGAGGAAUCGGUGUCUCUCCCUUCGUGGCUAUCCUUCGCGACUUACUUCAUCGCUACCAAAGAGAACAAUCCAACCUCCCAUCCGACGUGACCCUAAUUUGGGCAGUACAGAAAUCAGAGGAACUUCAGUUGCUCGAUUUGGUUCCUGCAUCAAAAAUAUGCCCAGAUUACAAUCAGAAGUUUAACCUCCAUGUCCAUGCCUUUGUCACUCGUGAAGAAGGGCCUGCAACUCUGGAGAACUCUGAAACAUCCGAUCCGCAACAGAAGUAUCGAUUCAAAGAAUCUCAGAUUCUUUCUAGUCUGACCAGUGUAGAGGCUUCCAAGAGCCCCAUGUCCAUACUAGUAAGCACUGGAAGCAACUUCUGGAUUAGUGCAAGUUUGCUUGCUUCAUUGCUUGGUUACCUCCUUGCCACGGUUUUAGUCGACCUGUAUGUAUUGCGGCCAAACCAAAAGAAAGGCCUUGAAGCUCCAGGUUCAGAGAUUGGAACAGGUGUGCCACUGUGGAUCAGGGGCCUCCUCAACUUCGUGAAUAUGAUCCUUGGAGUUGUGGUCUUCGGAGGUGCUGUGAUUUCGUUAUGGAACUAUUUUGGUGGUAGAAGAUCAAGUCCUGUUGAGGAUGACGACGGUUCUCAUCUGUUGUCGGAUUCAGACGACAACAGCUCAACACUUGCUGAUGAGGGUGGGGAUCGGCUGGUGCACCCUGACAAUACAACGUUUGGUCAUAGGCCCAACCUCAGAGAGCUUUUCCAAGGUUGUGCGAAGCGCCAACGCCCUGGCACAAACGUAGGGGUGUUAAUAUGUGGCCCGGAGAGCCUGCAGACGAGCGUUGCUGAGACAUGCCGUAGCUUCAACACGGUAGAUUACAAUCCCUACAACGUGGCUUUCAGUUACCAUUCUGUUAGCUUUGACCUCUGAUUCAUUAUCAGACGAAUUGCGACUUAUGUCCUAGUGUUGUACACUAUAAUGGUAGCAGGCCCGUGUAGUUUUAAAAAAAUCUAGUAAAAAUAAUGUAUUUUAUUCGACAGGGCUGUAAAUAAGAUGCCCUUCAGAUAUUUAGAGGCAAAAAAAUGCUGGCUAUUUUGUUUACAUAUGUGCUCUUCACACCUUUUGAGGGAGGGGUAGAAUCUGCUUCACGUUCGGAAAGUCUGAAACACUGCGUUUUCGUUGAUUAAGUCGACCUAGAGCUUAGAAUCUGGUAUUUUGCUUGUAGUGACAAAAUGUCUACGGAAAAAGGAAAAGAAAAAAAGACACUCUGUAGUACAUUGUGAUAGGAUUGCUCUGGUGUGUAUAAUGGCCUCUGAAAUAUUUUGAAGGUAUGCUACAAACCAUGGCAGUAUGCAACUA